CUGUCGUCUUUUCUCCCACACAUCGCUCCCUCCCCCUGAGGCACAUCAUUCGAGCCCCUUGUCCUCGUUGCGCGUUGUGUGUGCUGUGUGCCGCAGUCGAACCUCAGUUGUUCCAUUGCUGACGCUGAGCCUCUUUCUUCAAGGCCUCGCUAGGAGCAUUGUUAUUGCAUUCAUAUACUCAUACAGUUUCCUCACCUCCAGAAGCUCUCUCAUGCUAAGGAAGGAUCUCAACCCCCGAUACCUAUAACCGCCGACACGGAUUGCACGUACCAUCCGACAUGUUGUUGCGACUUCUAUGGCUCAGCGGGCUCAGCGGGCUCGCUGUAGCCACGUCCUCCUCACAAUCGAUCGUCACACUCUCCGGAACAAGAAUUACAGGAGCAGAUGCUGCCCCAACAGGCUCUAUAGCAGCGUUCGUGUCUGACUUCACUACUCAAGCAUUUUCCACGAGUGGGUCUAUGUCCGGUGUAUCGAGCAGUAUGGCAGCGUCGAACACGAGUGCAUCUUCUUCUCGGUCCACUAGCAACUCGGUCAUCUUGCUAGUCGGAGGCUAUUCCGCAUCGACGAAGAGCGGGAACAGCACAGCAACAAGCACGACCUCAUCAGUAUUGCCUACAAACACACAGCCUUGCAACGGCUAUCCUGAAUUCUGCACACGGAAGUACUCAAAUAUAACGGAAGUCACCGCUCAUAACUCGCCGUUCGAUGUGAAGAACAACGCUGCGAGCAAUCAAGCCUUGGGAGUAACUACUCAAUUGAAUGAUGGCAUUCGAAUGCUCCAGGGCCAAACGCAUAUCGUCAAUGGCACCCUCUAUUACUGCCACACAUCCUGCGACCUCCUCAAUGCCGGCACCGUUGAGAACUACCUAAUAGAAGUCGCAGCUUGGGUUCGCUCCCACCCCUACGAUGUCAUCACUAUUCUCCUAGGCAACGGUGACUAUACACUGAAAGACGACAACGGCAACCCCCUCGUUACGUCUGCCAACUUCGUCGAUCCCAUCACGAAGGCAGGCCUGAUGCCUUAUGUCUAUCAGCCGCCGAAGAACUCGAUGACGCUCGACGACUGGCCUACGCUAUCCGAGAUGAUCCUCUCGCAGAAGCGCGUCGUUUUCUUCAUCGAUUACAACUUCGAUUACGAUGCGGCGCCGUGGAUCCUCUGGGAGUUCCAGAGCAUGUGGGAAACGCCAUAUUCGCCCACAGAUCCUGCCUUCCCUUGCACGGUUCAGCGACCGGAGAACUUGAGCGAGAACAACACCAACAGCUGGCUUUAUAUGGCCAAUCACAACCUGAACGUCGCGGUCUCUAUUGCCGGGUCGUCGAGUCUUUUGAUUCCGAACUCGGUGGCAAUGAAUGUCACCAAUGGGUUAACAGGUGAGGGGAGCUUAGGCAAUAUGACAAGAGAGUGUACUGCUGACCACGGCCGCCCACCCAAUUUUCUCCUUGUCGACUACUACAAUGUUGGCCCCUUCAACGGCUCCGUCUUCGAAGUCGCCGCCGAAGCCAACAAUGUCACCUACAAUGGUAAGUGCUGCGGUACCACGUCUUCAUUUGGCGUGAGGUCGCUUUCGGCACCCUCAGCCGCUCUGCUCGCGCUCGUAGUCUCGGUAAUGGCGGCGGUAGGUUCAGUAUUGUAGAUUCUGCUCUAGAUAUUCGUACAGGCACUUUUUUCUAAGAUGACCUUUAUGUUGCAUUUUGUCGCAUUUGCACGGGCGUUUUCGCGAGAGGUAGUUCAUACAAAGCUUUACGUUUUCGCAUAUACAUAUACUAUAUAUAAUCACGCUUUUAUAUGUGCUCGCCAUAGGUUUCUAAGGCUCUGGAUUAGAUGUUAAGUUGUUUUGUAUCUACCUAUAGCUGCGUAGGAUUUUUGACGGUUUCAAAACGCACUCGGCCUCCCCCUCUAGUUGGCGCAACUUGAAAGUAUAAAUGUAGGUGCAGCCGAGGAUCGCCUCGGGACAUGCACGCCCGCAUCUUGAGCACAAUUUUUUUGCCUUUACAUUCGUAAAUACCUAUUAGCUCC